CCUCCUGAUAUCCAACCUGAACUCAGUUGAACACCGUCCCCUUGUCCCAUCACCGUCCACCCAUGUAUCCAGCCCUCGGCCCCCAGCAGCUCACCCCCACGCACGACGCAGCAGCUGUUGGGCUCUGGAUGGACAAAACGCUCAAAACGAGCCCUUUGCCGUCGCUGAGCCGUGCGAGCAGCGCAGCCCGUCCAUUCCCCGCGCUCUCGCUUUGCUCCUUUGCAGGUUCCCAACCUUUAUCUGCUGUUAUCGGUCUGACCCUGACAACAAGUUGUGCAAGGGAUCGCUGCCGUGUCCCCCUGCGACUCGUCCCCGUCCAACCUCGCAGAGCACACACACUUUCUCUUUCUGCCCUCACCGCAGUGUUUUCGCAGUGCCCGUUGCCGGGCUGCACCGCCCGCGGGGCUGGGAGCGCAGGGAGAGGCUGGCAGUGCUUUUCCUGUCCCAGCACGGAUUCAGAAUUCUCCCAUUUCCACAUGUGCUUUCUGCUUUUUCCACCUUUAACUUUUUGCCCUUUGUGAUCUCGGUUGUCUUUUAUUUUUGUUACUUCUGUAGUUUCUGUUCCGUGUGCUCUCAGUGCUGCUGCCCAUUUCCUGUGCAUAAAGAAAGCUCUGCGCUUUUAAUGCCCUUCCUCGACUUGCCCUCGAUAUGGUUUGAUACGAUACUGUCACAGGUAUUACCUGAGGGUCAGCCCUUCCCCGUUUAGCACACAGACAUGUCUACAAAACAGGAUACAGGUUUUAGAAAACAAUCCUGAAGAGAGAGGCUGCCCAUGGCCGUGAUAUCAUCAGUUGGCAAAGGGCCUCGCUGGAAAAAAAGCAGGAGGCUGAGUGUGUUUUACUCCUUGCUGUUGAAAACAAUAGGACAGGAUGAGGCGCUAAUCAUAAUUAAUUGCAGGGCUGGCCAGCAGGUCUGCCUCUGCACAGCAUCCUGCAGCUGUACAGCGAGCUCAGCAGAGCUCUCACGUUGCAACCAGCUGCCACGCUGCUCUGUGCACCUGACCACAUGCAAAUGGUGGUGAUUUGUGUGCAGGGCAUUGCCUCCAGCUGUGGGGUGGGAUGGAUCAUGGGGAUACCCACAGUAAUCAGUUGGGAACAGUUUAAUUGCACUGGAACCAUUUUAAUUCCAUUGGAACAGUCGCUUUCAGGUUUCUGCUGGAAAGCUUCUCAUUUCAAGUUAAACCCUUCUAUAGACAAGUUAUAUGAAUCCAAAAGUCUUCAACCUGUUCUCCUGCAUUGCUGCUGUCCCACCAUACAGGUGCUUCACUUCUUAAACCACUUAAGAAUAGAAAAAACAUUGAGUCAGGCCAAAAGUGCACCUACCCAGAGUCCUGUGGCAGUGCCUAACAGAAGAUGCUAAGAAAGAGACUAGUGUAGAUGAAAAGAUUUAGAGUUACCUCACAUCUGGAGUGUUUUCCUUCAUAUCUCAACCAUUUAGGGGAAAAUGAAGUGGAUGGGGAGCUUCACCAGAAAGAUGACUCUGGAUUCCUCUUGAGGAAUUCAUUCAACAUCCUUAUUCUCAGUGUUCGGAGUUGGAAGUCAGCGCUGAAAUGUGGUGGUUUCAGCAAGGCCUCUCUUUCUUGCCCGCGGCUUUGGUUGUUUGGUCAGCAGCAACAUUUGUGUUUUCAUACAUCACUGCAAUCGUCCUCCACCAUGUUGACCCUCUGGUGCCCUACAUCAGUGAUACAGGGACAAUACCUCCUGAGAGAUGCUUAUUUGGGAUCAUGUUAAAUGUUUCAUCUUUCCUGGACAAAUCCAGGAUCAUCAAGCUUAAUAAGAUUGGCCUUGUGCUGGGACUGAUGAGCUGCUUUGGACUUUGCAUCAUUGCAAAUUUCCAGAAAUGUGUUCUGUAUUACAUCCACGUGGUCGGAGCCUGCCUGACAUUUGGAGUGGGAGCCAUUUACAUGCUGGUUCAGACCAUCCUCUCCUACUUGAUGCAGCCAGAAGUUCACAGCAAAGACAUCUUUUUGAUCCGACUGACCGUGCUGCUCUGGUGCUGCUCAAGCAUUGCAAGCAUGUUUGUUUCCUCAGUUGUCUUAUACAGUGGCCUGUAUGGAACAGACCUUGUGCAAAAGUUGCACUGGGACCCCCAGGAAAAAGGCUACACGGCUCACAUUGUCAGUACUGCCUCCGAGUGGUCAUUAGCAUUCUCCUUCCUCAGCUUUUUCCUCACCUAUAUUCGUGAUUUUCAGAAAAUUUCCCUGCGUGCAGUUGCCAGCUUGCAUGGACAAACCCUUUAUAACACGCCACAGAGCUUUGCGACUGAUGAGCAGAGGCUGCUGACAGCAGGGAGCAUCUAAUGAAGGCAAAGAGAACGAGUUCUCUGCAUAACUCAGGAAUGUAAUAGCAAUAACAGUUCGUACUUCUAAGCGUUUAUUUUACAUAUAAAAGAAAAAUGAAGUGAUUGUAUUCUACUUGACACAAAGGGCUUUGCUUUUAACCCACGCAGCAAUGCAACGUUAUCAGUAUUGAACACAAGCCUGUAACAUUUCUACACAUGCUAAUGUCAUGAAAAAAUUAAAUGAAGGUUAUUAAAAGAUA